AUGCCAGCUGUGCGGAUCGGGCUAGAAGGUAAAGUCCACGGUUCCUUGGCUCGUGCCGGUAAGGUGAAGUCUCAGACCCCCAAGGUCGCUAAGCAGGAAAAGAAGAAGGCCUUGACUGGUCGCGCCAAGAAGAGACAGGUCUACAACCGUCGCUUCGUCAACGUCACCACCACCAUGGGUGGCAAGCGCAGAAUGAACCCUGCUCCCACCGCUGGUCCCUAA